AUGCUGGUCGCUGGCAAUAGCUUUGCCUGCAACCAAGGCGAUGUCAUUUACAAGGCAUUCAAACGGUAUGCAAGGCAGUUCAACAUAUUUUGUAUAUCAAGAUGUGAAAUGUUUUAUCCCAAUUGUCAAUUUUCCUUCAACUUUACUCAGGUAGUGAGAAAACUAGAACCUGAAGUUGUAUUCAUGAUAGAUAGAGCUGUCACCAUGAAAACUCCGCUCGAUGUGUCAAAACCAAUCGAUGAAGACAGAGUCUUCGGUCUUUUCAUGAAAACACUAAAACUCCUCGAGAAAACAACUAGAAAGAGGUAUGAUCAGAUUUUUGGUAACGUGAGAAAAUCGCUAUUAGCUAUAUCAUCAUAA